AGCUCUCAAAUUGCAAAAUGACUCAUCUUCUUCUUCUUCUUCUUCAUCUAGAGAGAAUCUAGGGUUCCAGAUUUACUCUUCAUCUUCAUCUUCAUCUUCUUCUAUCUACACAUCCCUAGAUCUUCACAACCCAUCAAUCUCUAUACAUUUGCAAGGUACAGAGACAAAAAAAACCCACCUUUAUUCCAGCUUAGCACUAACCCUAGCUUCCAUGGCGAAAACGCGACCAGGUGUGCCCUCAAAGAUCAAAACAGGGAGGAAGGAGCUCGACAUGUAUACCAUCAAAGGCACCAACAAAGUUGUGAGAGCUGGAGACUAUGUGUUGAUGCGUCCGUCGGAUGCUGGUAAGCCACCAUACGUGGCACGUGUUGAGAAGAUUGAAGCGGAUGCUAGGAACAAUGUGAAGGUGCACUGUCGGUGGUAUUACCGCCCUGAGGAGUCUCUUGGUGGUAGGAGACAGUUCCAUGGAGCCAAAGAGCUUUUCUUGUCUGACCAUUUUGAUGUUCAAAGCGCACACACCAUUGAGGGAAAAUGCAUUGUUCACACCUUCAAGAGCUACACUAGGCUUGAGAACGUUGGAGCAGAGGAUUAUUAUUGUAGGUUCGAGUACAAGGCUGCUACUGGCGCGUUUACCCCUGACCGUGUUGCUGUGUACUGUAAAUGUGAGAUGCCUUAUAAUCCAGACGAUCUCAUGGUGCAAUGUGAAGGCUGCAAAGACUGGUAUCAUCCUGCAUGUGUUGGCAUGACGAUUGAAGAAGCAAAGCUGCUUGACCACUUCGCAUGUGCUGAAUGCAGUUCUGAUGACGAUGUCAAGAAAUCACAGAAUGGGUUUACUGCAUCUCCAGCUGAUGAUGUCAAGGUGGAACCAAAGCGCAGGAAAAGAUAAUCGCGAGGUUCUCAGGGGGUGAAAGCCACAAGGGAUGGGCAAGUUAUAAACUUGGAAGCUCUCUUUUGUGCAUAUUUUUAGCUAAGUUAGAAUUUUAUGUAUGGUGUCUGUAUGGUGCGUUCCGGAAAACUAAGACAAAUGGGAAAAAGGAGAGAAAUGAUGAAGACAGGUUAUGGUGGCUGAGUCAGUUGUAUAGACUUUUUCCGUGGCAUUUAAGUUAACUUUAGGUCUGUCGUUUUGUGUCUGAUAAUAACAGACGAACAUGAAGAACGCUUUUGUCUUUCGAGUCUUCUCAACAUUAACAAACAUCAUGCCUAUC